AUGACCACAAGUUCUUCGUCCCUUGUUUUGGAUUUUUCAUUUUUCCACACAACCAAUUCAAAUUCAUUUGAAUCGGAUUCCGCUACAAUGCGAAUCAAAAUCUCCCAUUUCAUAUACUUGUCAUUCUCUUUCAUAUUUCUCUUCUUCUGCGAUCCGAUCGCAUCCGAUCCUCAAGCUAAGCUUCUAAACAAGGGCUGCAGCUCAUACAACGUUACCAGCCUGUCCGCCUUCAUCUCAAACCUCAAUUCCACACUCGCUGAACUCCGGUCCCAGCUCAACUCUACCACCCGAUUCGCGACAGCUCAGCGUCCUGGCACUGUCGAUCCCGUCUACGCGCUCUUCCAAUGCCGGGACUACCUCUCCACUGCGGACUGUGUCUCCUGCUUCGACACGGCCCAGUCGGAGAUCCAGAAAUGCUCGGCGGCCAACGGGGCCCGCGUGAUCUACGACGGAUGCUUUCUGAGGUACGAGGGCAACGGAUUCUUCGACCAGACGACGCUGCCGGGGAACCGCGCGCUGUGUGGGAACGAGACCGCGGCGUCGGUGAACGAGACGGCUGCUUCGGGGAACAAGACGACGGUGUUGGGAAGUGACGGUUUCAGAGAUGCUGUUAACGGGCUGUUGACAGAUAUCACUACGGCAGCGCCGAGGAUGGAGGGGUAUUUUGCGGCAGCGAGGAGGGGAGGGGCGGGGGGUGCUAUCGUGUACGGGGUGGCGCAGUGCGCACCGAGGGUGAGUGAGGAAGGGUGUGAACAGUGCUUGAAGGUGGCGUAUGGGAAUAUAGAAAGGUGUAUGCCGGAUGUAGAUGGGAGGGCUGUGGAUGCUGGGUGCUUCUUAAGGUACUCCGACACGGCGUUUUUUAGCGAUGACCAGGUGACGGAUCUCGCGCCUUUCUUGCGUACAGGAGGAGGUUCAAGAAAGAAGAAGAAAGCAAUCAUAGGAGGUGUUGUUGGAGGAGGUGCAUUCGUUCUGUUACUUCUAUUCUUUAUAUUGCUUCGACGAUCAAAGAAGGCUAAGAAUCCACAGAAAGGAGACAUAUUAGGGGUGACGGAGCUGCAAGGCCCAGUGAAUUAUCACUACAAUGAUCUUAAAUCUGCUACGAAGAAUUUCAGUGAAGAAAAUAAACUAGGGGAAGGAGGGUUUGGUGAUGUGUACAAGGGUGUUCUAAAAAAUGGGAAGAUAGUAGCUGUCAAGAAACUUAUGAUACGACAGUCCAAGAGAGCAAGGGAAGACUUUGAAAGCGAGGUCAAGCUCAUAAGCAAUGUUCAUCACCGGAAUCUCGUCCGUUUGCUUGGGUGUUGCAGUAAAGGCUCAGAACUGCUCCUUGUUUACGAGUUCAUGGCAAAUAGCAGCCUCGACAAGUACUUAUUUGGCAACAGGCGUGGGUCCCUCAACUGGAAACAGCGAUUUGAUAUAAUCAUUGGUGUGGCUCGGGGCCUUGCAUAUCUGCACGAGGAAUUCCAUGUCUGCAUCAUACACCGAGAUAUAAAACCCGGCAAUAUACUGCUUGAUGACAAUUUCCAAGCCAGAAUUGCGGAUUUUGGGUUGGCAAGACUACUUCCAGAAGACCAGAGCCAUCUCAGCACUAAAUUUGCAGGAACAUUGGGCUAUACAGCACCUGAGUAUGCAAUCCAUGGGCAGCUAUCUGAGAAGGUUGACACAUACAGCUAUGGUGUGGUCGUCCUGGAAAUCAUAAGUGGUCGAAAGAGCAACGACACAAAGCUUGAACCUGUUGCACAAUACCUUCUCGAAUGGGCAUGGAAACUAUAUGAAACGGACUCGCUGAUGAAGUUGGUGGAUGAGAGCUUGGAUCCGAAUGAAUAUGAAAAAGAGGAGGUGAAGAGAGUUAUAGAGAUAGCUCUCAUGUGUACCCAGUCCACAGUUGCUUCUAGGCCAACGAUAUCCGAAGUUGUGGUCAUGCUGCGGAGCAAAGGAGAUCAUGGGCUCAAUCCCACCCACCCCACCUUCAUAGAUGCUGCUAGUAGAGUCCAAGUCAAAGUAGAUGGAGCAGACGCAUCCACCUCUACCAUAUCAUCCACAUCCAAUGCCACCAUGUCGAUUUCGCAAUACUCUGGCCGCUGAUAUGCAAGCCUGCAACCUGUACUCUAUGUUGAGAUUACAAAAGAAGAAGAAGGAAAUGUUAUAGAAAUAAAAUGGAAUCAAAUCAUGCAUAAGACACAUGAGUGGGCGUGCAUGCAGGAGGCUUCGCUGAGGGCUCAGACGGAGUUUAUUCAACUGAGUGUGCCCCCGAUUCAGCUUUGAUCUGAUCAAGAAGGUAGGCCCUCCCAUGUGGUACCCUCUGAGACAAAGUUGAGCAGAUUUUAAGGGACCGUUAGGAUAACGCCGAAUAAGUUACUUUUAAACUUGCGUUAA